AUGACCCAGGCUGUGUCAGUAAAGAAGACAUUUGAAACUUUUGAGGAACUUGGUAAUUGCCCAAGUGAUUACAUUAGUGGUGAUGGUGGAAAGAUUUCUUGGGUAGCACUGGAGAUCAUAGCUUUGGAACUAUUAGGAAAGGAAGACCGACUGGAGAGGUGGGAUUUUCAGAAAAACUACCACGAAGAAAAUACAGAGCAGACAGAGACCAUCCCUAUUGUGGACUUGGAACCAUCUCUCGCCCUUCCUCCUCCUCCUCCUGAGGAUGAAUGGAGCCCAAUUCCUGAGCACACCAAUGUGGAUGCUUCUCGUUUUUCCUUCUCUCUCUAUGGAAUAAUUCCUGUGAUCCUGGGAAUCUUCAGCCUGCUGCUUUUGAUGCUGUGUGGAUUCUUUGGUUACCACUAUUUUCAAAGUGUUCAGGAAUCAGAGAGCAAGAUGAAGAGCCUUAACCAAUGGAUUGAGUCUUUCGAAAACAAAGAGGAAACAUUUCUUCAGGUUCAAAAAGUUCUUGACCAAAAUAAAGAAAUCCUAGAGAAGCUCCAAAACCAGAAUGAGAAUAUGACUGAGGCUCUACAAGAACUAAAUGCAAAAGGAGGAGAUGGGUGUGGAUCUCCUCUGAGUCACUGGGUGCACCACAGAGACCACUGCUACCACCAGACUGUGCAAACGGUUUCUUGGUCGGAGUGUUCAGAGCUUUGUGUCUCUUUGAAUGCUACAUUUUUAAAGACAGAAAGGAGUAGAUUGAUGUGUAUUCUGAAGUUACUUGCAGUAAACCACACUUGGCUUGGCCUGUCUUAUAAGGAAGAGGACAAUGAAUGGAAGUGGGAGGAUGGUUCUCGUCCUUCUGGCCUUGAGUGGCGUCUACCAAAGCCAAGUAUGGAUUUCCAGGGGAAAUGUGUGUAUGCAGGCAUGCACACUGUCAGCAUAGAUAACUGCACCAUGUCUUCCUCGUGCCUGUGUGAGAAGCCUGUCUGUGCUUAAAACUCAGAAGAAGAAGCUUCAAAGAAAACUGAAGAGAAAUUGAUAAAUGACUUCAUGAAAGAAGAAUCCAGAGUCUAGAGUUAAAGCAAAAAUAUCAGAGUGGCACAGAAAGCACAGAC